AUGUCGGUGCAAUUUUUAUUUCGAAAUGAACGAUAUAUCUAUGCAAAUCCAUAUUGUAUUUACAAUGUUUAUAUUAAAUUAAGAUACGUUAUUCCUAAAGUAAACGUCGCAUUAUCACCAAUUUGCUUACAACGUCGACCAUUUCAUAUCACGUCAGGAAAUUUUAUCAAUUCACCUUUAGACAAUAAUGUGAAAAUAGAUCCUAAUGAUCCUUUAGUAACUAAAAUUCGUUCGGAUCCACAAAUCCUUACAUCCAUUCAAGAAUUUUCUCAACUUCUUCAAGGAAAAGGAAUAGACUUAAGUACAGGUCAAAUGCCUUCUAUGUUACAAAUGGCUAAGCUUGCUUCAGAUAAAGAAGUAAGUUCAAAAAUUAUGGCCAUCAAUUCGCAACUUAGCAAGGCGGGAAUAACUUUAGACGCGCAAACUGCACAAAAAUUUAUGAAUUGGGCCAAUACUGAAAAAACAGAAGUUUCAAAAUCAACGCAAUCAAUUACUUCUCAAACAAUUCCUCAAGCAAUUCCCCAAACAACUCCUCAAGCAACUCCACAAGCAACUCCACAGGCAAUUCCAAAACAAGUUAUCUCAUCGACUCCUAAAGCAAGUAUUGUUGAAGAACCAAAAGUGGCAACAACGGCUACUACUGCAAAAACAUCUGUCAAACAAGUCAAACAAGCAGCAAAACCUCAAGAGUCACCAAUACCAAAAUUGACAAAGGAAAAAGCAAAACAAUCACCACAAAACGAAUCAGUUGGAUUUUUUACAAAGUUCAAAACUUUAAUAUUUGGAACUAAAAAAUGA